GCAAUUCUCAUAACUCUUUUUACAACACCACCACUGCACCAACGACACCUGGAAAUACCCAAUUAUUCAAUUGCCUGACUAACACUAAAACCUAACCACGAAACAAUGUCAAAAACCAAAACCAAACAACGCCGCCGCGAAGCCAAGCGCGAACACCACAAGAAACUCGCGAAGCAAUCCUCCUCCUCAUCGCGACCGCAAAAGCCCACUCCCACACAGCAGUCCAAGAAGAACCCCGCUCCAAAAACCAAAGAAACACCCUCAGAAGCACCAACUGCGACAGCAAACCCAACAGCGACACCCAAACCCCACCACCACCACCACCACCACCACCAACCCUCUCAGCAAAACCACCCCAUCCCCUUCGACACCUACGACCGCAUCCUCCUCCUCGGCGACGGCGACUUCAGCUUCACGCACAGCCUGGCGAUCGCCCACGGCUGCGCCUCCGUCACAGGGACAAGCUUCGACUCCGCGGACGAAGUGCGCGAAAAAUACCCAACAUUUCCCCCCAUAGCUUCCGACCUCGCAGCCCUCACGCCCCCCGUGCCCCUCCACCACUCAGUCGACGCGACCAAAGUGUCCAGCUACAAGCACCUCGCGCGCGCAGAGGACGGCGAGGCCUGGGAUGUGGUUGGUUUCAUGUUCCCGCAUGUCGGCGGGAAGAGCACGGAUGUGAAUCGCCAGGUUAGGGCGAACCAGGCGCUGCUUGUCGGGUUCUUUAGGAGCGUGUUACAACUUCCGCCGGAGAACGCGUCGGGCGCUGCGAAGCAGACACAACACGCCGAGAAAGGGAAGGGGAAAGGCGACGCAGAUGGAAAGAAGAAGCGCAAGAGGGGCGGAGAGACGAAAGAGUUUCUGAGGAUGGGGGGCAAGGUCGUGGUGACGUUGUUUGAGGGCGAACCCUACACGCUGUGGAAUAUACGCGACCUCGCGCGGCACUGUGGGCUCAAGGUUGUGGAGAGCUGGCGGUUCGACUGGGCGCAGUAUCCGGGGUAUGGGCAUGUGAGGACGUUGGGGGCGAUUGAGGGGGGUGGCGGGUGGAAGGGGGAGGAGAGGGAGGCGAGGAUGUUUGUGUUUGAGAAGGUGGAGAUUGAGGAUAGUGAGGACGAGGGGAGGAGGAAGAAGAGGAAGGGGAAGGGGAAGAAGGGGGGUAAGGGGAGUGGGAGUGAGAGUGAGGGGGAUGAUUGA